AUGAGACGGAGUAAAGUGAGUGAAGCACAGCUGAGGUACAGAACCGUGAUUUGGUUUGUGCUGUCUGUGAACUCGGCCAUCACUAUGAUUAGGGUUUUCUUUCACCUGCAGGAAGACGAAUGUGUUGUCGUUUGUGGAGGCUCUGAGCCGUUUGAGGAUGGCUUUGCUAACGGCGAGGAGCUGACCCCUGCAGAGGAGGCCGCGGCUAAAGAAGCCUCCGAGUCUAAAGGAGUGGUGAAGUUCGGCUGGAUCAAAGGAGUGCUGGUGCGCUGCAUGUUAAACAUAUGGGGCGUGAUGCUCUUCAUUCGAAUGACAUGGAUCGUGGGCCAGGCUGGAAUUGCGUAUUCCUGCAUCAUUGUUGUUAUGGCCACUGUUGUGACUACCAUCACGGGCUGCUCGACCUCUGCGAUCGCCACCAAUGGCUUUGUACGAGGAGGUGGGGCGUAUUACUUAAUAUCUCGAAGUUUGGGCCCAGAGUUUGGCGGCUCCAUUGGUCUGAUUUUUGCCUUUGCCAACGCUGUGGCCGUGGCCAUGUACGUCGUGGGCUUUGCAGAAACUGUAGUUGAGCUGCUCAUUAAUUCCGGUGCGCUCAUGCUCGAUGAGAUUAAUGACGUCAGGAUCAUUGGAACCAUUACGGUCAUCCUGCUGCUUGGCGUCUCAGUGGCUGGAAUGGAGUGGGAGGCCAAGGCUCAAAUAUUCCUCUUGUUCAUUUUGGUCACUGCUAUCUUUAACUACUUCAUUGGGACCUUCAUCCCUGUCGAGUCCAAGGAGAAAUUUGGCUUCUUCAGCUAUGACGCGGGCAUCUUGGCAGAUAACUUUGGCCCAGACUUUCGAGGGGAGACGUUUUUCUCCGUUUUUUCCAUCUUCUUCCCAGCUGCCACAGGCAUUUUGGCUGGAGCCAACAUCUCAGGAGAUCUAGCAGAUCCUCAAAUGGCCAUCCCUAAAGGAACGCUGUUGGCUAUCCUCAUAACGGGCCUCGUGUACAUAGGUGUGGCCAUUUCUGCAGGUGCUUGCAUCGUGCGGGAUGCUACAGGAAUGGAGAGUAACGUAACUCUCAGUGGCUUAAACUGCACUGACGCGGCCUGUAAGUUCGGCUAUGACUUCACUUCCUGCAGACCUGUUGAAGGAGGGAAGUCUGCCUGCAAGUUCGGCCUUUACAAUGAUUUCCAGGUCAUGAGUGUGGUGUCAGGCUUCGGGCCCCUCAUCACAGCCGGCAUCUUCUCCGCGACCCUCUCCUCGGCCCUGGCCUCUCUCGUCAGCGCCCCCAAAGUCUUCCAGGCCUUAUGCAAAGAUAAUAUCUACCCUGGAAUUGCGGUUUUCGGGAAGGGCUACGGCAAGAACAACGAGCCCCUGCGAGGAUAUUUCCUCACCUUUGGCAUUGCCUUGGCCUUCAUUCUCAUUGCGGAGUUGAACAUCAUCGCCCCGAUCAUUUCCAAUUUCUUCCUGGCAUCGUACGCUCUCAUCAACUUCUCGGUGUUUCACGCAUCGCUGGCCAAUUCCCCCGGAUGGAGGCCGAGCUUCAAGUACUACAACAUGUGGGUGUCUCUGGCCGGGGCCAUCCUGUGUUGUGUGGUCAUGUUCAUCAUCAACUGGUGGGCGGCCCUCCUGACCAACGUCAUCGUCCUGUCCCUCUACAUCUACGUCAGCUACAAGAAACCAGAUGUGAACUGGGGCUCGUCCACUCAAGCUCUGACGUAUCAUCAGGCCCUGACACACAGUCUGCAGCUGUGCGGAGUAGCUGACCACAUCAAAACCUACAGGCCACAGUGUCUGGUGAUGACUGGAGCUCCAAACUCUCGUCCAGCUCUUCUUCAUCUGGUGCACGCCUUCACCAAGAACGUGGGUCUGAUGCUGUGUGGCCACGUGCGCGCCAGUUCCCGGCGGCCCAACUUUAAAGAGCUGAACAGUGAUAUGCUGCGCUACCAAAGGUGGCUCCUCAACAACAGCUCCAAGGCGUUUUACACUCCUGUGGUGGCUGAAGACCUUCGCCAAGGAACCCAGUACCUGCUGCAGGCUGCUGGUUUGGGCAGAUUGAGGCCCAACACGCUGGUGCUCGGCUUCAAGAACGACUGGCGCAUUGGAGAUAUAAAGGACGUUGAGACCUACAUAAACCUGAUGCACGACGCGUUUGAUUUUCAGUACGGUGUGGUCAUUCUCAGACUGCGAGAGGGACUCGAUAUCUCUCACAUUCAAGGCCAAGAUGAUUCUUCAGCGAUGAGGGAUGUGGUGGUCUCAGUGGACAUGAGCAAGGACUCGGAUGGAGACUCGUCCAAACCCUCCUCCAAGGCCACCAGUGUCCAGAACAGCCCCGCCGUCCAGAAAGAUGAGGAUGAGGAUGGCAAAGCCCACACUCGGCCGCUGUUGAAGAAAGAGAAGAGGAGCCCGACGCUUCCUCUGAAUGUGGCGGAUCAGCGGCUGUUGGACGCCAGUCAGCAGUUCCAGCAGAAGCAGGGGAAGGGCACCAUCGACGUCUGGUGGCUCUUUGAUGACGGAGGUCUGACUCUACUGAUCCCCUAUCUGAUCGCCAACAAGAAGAAAUGGAAGGAUUGUAAGAUCCGCGUCUUCAUCGGGGGCAAGAUCAACCGGAUCGACCAUGACCGCAGAGCCAUGGCCACGUUGCUCAGCAAGUUCAGGAUCGAUUUCUCUGACAUCACGGUCCUGGGCGACAUCAACACAAAGCCCAAGUCAGAGGGUUUGACCGAGUUUGCUCAGAUGAUCGAGCCAUAUAAGCUGAAAGAAGAUGACAUGGAGCAGGAAGCUGCCGAGAAGCUGAAGAGCGAAGAGCCCUGGAGAAUCACAGACAAUGAGCUGGAGCUCUACAGAGCCAAGAGUAACCGUCAGAUCCGACUGAACGAGCUGUUGAAGGAGCACUCGAGCACAGCCAACCUCAUCGUCAUGUAAGUUACAAA